AUGACUGAUCCGUUCGCUUAUGAUUAUCCUUCGCCUUUGGCGGGGUAUGAGGGCUUGGAACCGCUGCCUGUGGAAUUGAACGAAGAUGGCAAAUCCAUCAAGAACCCCCAGCACGGUAUCCUAAGCAAAGCAUAUGAAGAAUUCCCCGAUCCGCUGGCAAAAGAUCGACAGGGGGGAUUCGAUGUCCAUAUCUACCAUUUCCAGAAUAAUCCAGCUCAAGUCGCUUACGCAAGGGCUCUGUACGAGCGAGUCCGUCGUGAAUUCCCCGAGCUACGCAUUUAUCGAUUCUGGGAAGGGCCACUUGGACCUCAUCCCAUUGCCAUGUUUGAAGUUAACCUGUUCACCCCGGCGCAGUUUGGGGCGUUCAUUCCCUGGCUUGUUAUCAAUCGGGGGCCGUUGAGUGCGCUGCUUCAUCCGAAUACAACUGAGGAGGAGGACGAGCGGAAUCAUACGCAGCGGGCGACGUGGUUGGGGGAUAAGAUUCCCUGCGAGGCAGCGUUCCAUGUCUCUCGACGAGAUGUGACUGCAACAACAGUGCCGAAUUAUGUAUUGGAAUAUGCACCGAUGGUCUGGUUACAUAGUGAGGAGGCAUACAUGCCCUCUGACAUCGGGGAGCAGCUUGUACACACUACGCCGAUGGUAGAUUGGAAGCCUAUCCAGAAGGUCCCGUCGGCGACAACUCUCGAUAAUCUUGACCAGCUCAACAACCUUGGCAACACAAGCGUUUAUCUAACUUCAAAGGAAGGGAUAGAUGCUGACCCCCAGCCUGCAUGGCUUGGUGGUAUCAAACCUGACCAAGACGGUCGAACGCAGGAUGCGAUCUCUUCAACCAUCAUUCUUCGUGACCACGGAGAUGGGAUCCUGGACGCUUUUUAUUUCUAUUUCUAUGCGGAGCAUAACAUGAUACGGUUCUCCGAGGGUGUCCCACAAGCAAUCUGGUACAGCCAGCAUGCCUCGGGGCAGGCAUUUACGUAUGGAGCAACGGAGAAAAACGGCAAGCGACCGAUUGCAUAUUCAGGGAACGGCACCCAUGCUAAUUAUGCCAUUUCUGGGAAACACGAUCACACUAUUCCUGGGUUCAAUCUCCCUGAUGGACUGAUCGUGGACCAAACUGAUUCGGGUACGUUGUGGGACCCGAUUUUGAGUGCCUAUGUAUACAAUUAUGAUGCUUCCGAGGGAACAUUCCAGGCGUAUGACUCUGGGUAUCCGGUCAACUGGUUGAAUUUCAACGGCCAGUGGGGAGACGAUGCACUGCCGGGAGGACCGGAACUGUUCGGACAGAAAAAGUACGUUGCGGGGCCGAAUGGACCGAAAUUCAAGAAGCUGGUGAGGGACAAAGUGUGCCCGAGUAGCCCAUGUGUCGUUCUUCCUUUCCGGAUCUGGGAGAACCAGACCCUGGAAGAGCAUCGACAACGAACGGAGUCAAGUUAG